GUCUCGCCACGCUUACGGCGUGCCCUGGCACCAGGGACCCGGCUUGCCGACAACCCACGGCAACUCCGCUGGUGAGGCCUACCCGAAGAAAGUCCCGUCUUAUGGAUGCUUCAAUGGCGUCCCAGGUGACGUGCCGCCCGAGAAGCGGCUCUGGUACAUCAAAGGGGCCGGCAUGGAGUUCGCGGGCACUAGCAGCCUCUAUGGGCGGGGUCGCGACAGCGGCAACAUGAACUUCAAGGCCACUAACGCACUGAGCCUUAGUCAGCAGUCUGCCAUGUCCCGCAGCUCGAGUUCCCCGAAUAUC